AUGAGUAAAACCGGCAGCAAGCGUAAAGGCGGCCCCGCCUCGGACGUCCCAACUAAGAAAAUCAAGACUGCGACUGCACCCGCGACCGCACCCACCACAACCGACAUUCCCACCUCGCAGUCUACCGGAAAACUCCAAAAGAGACAACUUGAGAAGGAUAAGAAAGCCGGGACGAUGGACGCGCAGGCCAGCAAUGCUGAAUUGGAGGUGCAAGGUGUAGCAGAUGCUAUCAAGUCUCGCGGUGAUGCGCCUGAUGUUGGAUCUGGUCCAACCACCGAGCAGAAGUCUGCGAAGAAAGAGAAGAAGUCGAAGCUCGCCGGUGGCAAGGCCGAUAAGGAUACAAAGACUGACAAGAGCGACUCCGAGUCCAGAGUUGUCAUGACUGCCGAGGAGGAGGAGAGAUUCAAGAGGCUCAACAAGCCAAUCGAACUGGCGGAUUUUGUCGGAUUUGGCGAGUCUGGUGACGAGAAGCAGGAUCAAUCGGAAGUUGACGAUGCGGCCCUACUCAAAGGCUUCGAGAGCGAUACCUCCAGGGAGGGAGAGGCCCUAGACAUUCAAGAGACUCCACCUAUCGUCGAUGUGGAUGGCAAGGUUGAGGCCAAGCUUCUCGAGGCUCGUAAGAAGUCGACUGGUGAUGAGCAGCCGGGCACCAUUUACGUCGGUCGCAUCCCGCACGGCUUCUACGAGAUCCAGAUGCGCGCAUUCUUCUCUCAAUUCGGCGACAUCACUCGUCUGCGUCUGUCUCGCAACCGCUCGACCGGUGCUUCCAAGCACUAUGCCUUCAUCGAGUUCGCCUCUGCUGAGGUCGCCAAGAUCGCCGCUGAGACCAUGAACGGCUAUCUCAUGUUCGGUCACAUCCUCAAGAGCAAGUUCGCGCCUGACGAGACUCUGCACGCCGAUGUCUGGAAAGGCGCCAACAAGAAGUUCCGCAAGCUCCCCUACACCAAGUUGGAGGGUCAGAAGCUCGCCGCCCCAAAGACCGUUGAGCAGUGGCAGUCGAAGAAUAUCAAGGAGGAAUCACGUCGCAAGAACAAGGCCAAGGCUCUGCAGUCUAUGGGCUAUGAGAUGCCGGUUAAGCCUCUGGCUGAUCCUGCCUCGCUAAACCCGUCCAAGAAGCGCAAGCACCUCGAUGAUGCUGCUGCUUCACGUCAGCUUCGACUCGAGAAUGGUGAUUCCUCAAAGCUCGAGGAUACUGACGACGAUGUUGCCUCCCGCGAACCCUCUGCUCUUGAGCUACCCGCCGUCGAUGCCGAGCAGGCUAAGAACGCCGACUCCUCCAACAAGCGUAAAUCCAAGAAGAAGCCUGCUGCCACCAACGCCGAUGUUGCUGCCAAAGUCUCUCAGAAGUCAGGCAACGAGCCCGAAGCCCAAGAGGCGCAGACGAAGAAAGACAAGAAGGCCAAGAAGUCGAAGAAGACCAAGACGGAGGGUGCACAGGCUUGA